GAGCCGGAGGAAGAAGGCGUUCGCGAGCCGUGGGAGCCGCCGCCAUUUUGUGCGCGCUGUUGGUGAAGGGAGAAGCCCACGGCUGGGCGAGGGAGCGGCGGCGGCGGCCCGUGGAGCUCCGAUCUGAGGAGAAAACGACGUCGGUGAUGCGGAGGAUGAGCUAGAGGAGGCCGGCGGGAGAGCGGCAGCGGCCAGUGCGGCAGGAGGAGGAGGAGGAGGAAGGGGUCGUCUGUCUGUCUCUGUCUGUCCGUCUUCCCUUCCCUCCUCGCCGGCGGCCGGUCGUUUCCCGCGGCCUUUUCCAGCCCUGCGGAGGAGAAUGUCGGGCGGCAGCGGCAGCACCAGCCCCGCCUCGGGGGCCGAGGGAGCCGGCGGCGGCGGCGGGGGCAGCAGCGAGGACGCCUGCCGCGACUACCAGUCGUCGCUGGAGGACCUGACGUUCAACAGCAAGCCGCACAUCAACAUGCUGACCAUCCUGGCCGAGGAGAACGUGCCCUUCGCCAAGGACAUCGUCUCGCUGAUCGAGGCGCAAGUCGCCAAGGCUCCUUCAAAUGAGAAACUUCCUGUUAUGUACCUUAUGGACUCCAUUGUCAAGAAUGUUGGAAGAGAAUAUCUUACUGCGUUUACUAAAAACCUAGUUGCAACAUUUGUUAAUGUGUUUGAAAAGGUGGAUGAAAAUACUAGGAAAAGUUUAUUUAAAUUGCGUUCCACGUGGGAUGAAAUUUUCCCUUUGAAGAAACUCUAUGCUCUCGACAUCCGGGUGAAUUCAAUAGACCCAGCUUGGCCAAUUAAGCCGCUACCCCCUAAUGUGAAUACUUCUAGCAUCCAUGUGAAUCCUAAAUUUUUAAAUAAAUCGCCUGAGGAGCCUCCUGCACCGAGCUCUACAGUCUGUACACCUGCUGUCUCGUGUUCUGCUGUGUCCUCUUCUCCAAUUAUUCCUGAAAUACAAAAGAAUUUGACUCAAGAGCAGCUAAUAAGACAACAGCUCCUGGCAAAGCAAAAACAGUUGUUAGAACUUCAACAGAAAAAAUUAGAACUGGAGCUAGAGCAGACCAAAGCACAACUGGCAGUUUCUCUUAGUGUUCAGCAAACUACAUCCAGCCUGGGUCAAGCACCUUUGAAACCACAUGUUCCACAGCCGCCUCAUGUGCCAGUUAAAGCUCCCCAUCAAAUUAGUCUGCCACCUGAAAAAACCCAUCUGUCUCCUCUCCAUGAUGCCAAAAUACCUAAUAGAGAUCCUCGUCUUAAUAGAACAAGUCAGCAUUCUUCUCAUGCUAAAGAUCAAAGUCAUAGGAAAGAUUUUCUAAUGAAUCCAGUUAAUCAGCCUGAUUCUAAGACAAGCAAAAGUCUACAGACUGAAAAACAAAACACAUCAAAGCAAGAAAAACUAAAACAGGGUGAGAAAUUGCAGAAGAAAGAGUUUGAUCUAGAUUCAAAAACAAAAUCGCCAUCUCCCUUGCAAAGCAAGCCUUUUCAUUCUAAAGAUUCCAGAAACCAAGACUCUGAAAACACUAGAGUGUCUGAAAUGAGCAAGAGGGAUCCAAGAUUAAAAAAGCAUCUUCUGGAUAAGCCAGAUGGUAAAGACAGUGAUACAAAAGAAAAGAGGAGAAGCAUGGAGAGAAAAGAGAAAGAAGAACAUAGGUCAGUUGGGAGUAGAAACAAAAUAAUUAAUGGCAUUGUACAAAAGCAGGACCCGAGUACAGAGGAAUCAGAAAAAACAGGUGGAAAGCCAGGAAGAUCAAGUACUAGGAAAAGAUCACGUUCGCCUAGAUCUCGGUCACCAUCUUCCCAUUCUCCAAAACGGCGAGAGAGGCGGUCACCCAAACGAAGGCUCAGAAGUCUCUCUCCUGGACCUAAAAUUGGGAAACUUCGACAGUCUGGACCCAAACAAUCCCAUGUAGAGGACUUUGGGCAGGGAACACGAGAUGAAAGGAGCUCUAAUAAGAGGGGCCUUAAACAGGAAGCAAGAGAUUCAAGGAGGUCAAAGAAAUUGCAUGAAGACCGUCCACAGGAAGGAAUGAAUCAACACUCUUCAAAAGCAAAUUCGGAACCCAAAGAAAAUGUGGAAAACUGGCAAGGUUCCAAGUCAAGCAAAAGAUGGAAGUCUGGUUGGGAGGAAAAUAAAAACCCCCAGCUUACUGAAGAGCAUCAAGGACCUUGUAAAUCACCUCAUCAGAGGCACAGAGAUGCCUGGGCAACUAGUAAAGGAGUUCCAUCACCACGCACACCAAAGCAGCAACAUCGAUUAAGUGUGGAUGCUAAUUUGCAGAUUCCCAAAGAAUUGACUGUGGCAAACAAGAGAGAGUUACUUAAGAAGGCCAAUGAACGCCUGUCAUCUGGUGAAAUAACGCAAGAUGAGUUCCUUGUUCUGUGUCAUCAGAUUCAUCAGCUCUUCCAGUAUCAGGAAGGAAAGCACAGGUGCAAUGUGUGGGAUAGCCCUUUGGGCGAAAAGGGCAAUUUGAAAAAGAAGCCCCUGUUGACUGAUGCAGAUUUAAUAUAUCAUGAACAUAAAGCUAAGUUAAAGAGAACACAAGUUCAGCAUUCAUUUCCAAGGCUCAACAUGUUGGAUGCUGAUGAAAUGUUAGACUUCCGUUUGAGUGAUGCUUUUCUUUCUGGUAUGGAAUGUGAACAAACAAAAAGCAAAUGUGUAGGACAGUUUGGUGAAAGAUCAAGGCGACAUUCCCCUGUUGGUGGCAACAGACCGUAUUCUGAAACUUCGCCUCAUGAGGGCCGGAGAAGACAUGAUGAGCCAAACACUUCGAAAGGUGUUCGAGACGAGCAGAGGUCUCCAUUCAAUGAACCCUUCAAGAGACCAAGAUAUGAAGAUACAGAGAAACAGUUCACAGAGAGUCCAGGAUCCCGAUUUGGUGCUGCUGAUGGAAAGCAAAGAUUUAGUUCAUUGAUGGAAGAGAGGUCUCAUUUUGAGGGCUCUCCUAGACAUCCUGGCACAAGGGCAGGUGGAGAUGGAUCAGCAACUCAUUUUGAAGGACCUGCUAAUACAAAUUCUAGAAUUGAUGGACCACAGGCACAGACUAAUUUAAGGUUUGAGGGGCCCCUAGGUCAGCCAGCACCUCAGUUUGAUGGGCUCCCAGCAGAGUCUGGAGGAAAUGGUUCUUUGAUGUUUGAUGGGCCAUCAGGGCAAAUGGGUGGUGGUCCCCUGCGGUUUGAAGGUCCCACAGGGCAAGUAGGUACAGGAACAGGUAUAAGGUUUGAGGGGCCUAUGGGGCAGCAAGGGGGAGUGUUGAGGUUUGAGAGGCCUACAGGCCAGUCAGUGGGUGGCAUAAGAUUUGAAGGGAACCAUGGCCAGCCAUCAGCUGGCAUUAGGUUUGAGGGACCUCAUGGCCAACCAUCCACUGGGAUGAGGUUUGAUACACCACAUGGUCAGCCAUCUGCUGUGAUGAGGUUUGAAGGGCCACAUGGCCAACCCUCGGGUGGAGUGAGGUUUGAAGGGCCACAUGGCCAACCCUCAGGUGGAGUGAGAUUUGAAGGGCCGCAUGGCCAACCCUCAGGUGGAGUGAGGUUUGAAGGACCUCAUGACCGUGUAGGACCCCAUGGCCCCCCAGGUGGUGGAAUGAGGUUUGAGGGACCCCAUAGUCAACCAAUGGGGCCUCAUGGUCAACAAGGAACUGGUUUACGGUUUGAAGGGCCACAUAUGCAGCCCAUGGGACCCCAUGUUCAACCAGGAGCUAAUCUGCGAUUUGAAGCACCACACGGUCAGCCCAUGGGUCCACAUGGGCAGCAGGCAAGUGGUCUAAGAUUUGAAGGGCCACAUGGGCAGCCUAUGGGGUCACAUGGUCAACCUGGAGUUGGACCUAGGUUUGAAGGGCCGCAUGGGCAACCUGUUGGGCCGCAUGGGCAGCCAGGUAUUGGUCCCAGGUUUGAGGGACCAUCGGUCCAGUCUGGACUUAGAUUUGAAGGACCUAUCAACCAAACAGGCCCAAGGUUUGACAGCUGUCAGUCAAGAUUUGAUGGUCAACCUGGUCAGCCAUCACUCUUGCAAAGACUGGAUGGAUUACAUGGACAGCCUGGUCCAAGGUUUGAAAUGGGGCCUGCUCAACAGACACCACCUCGAUUUGAUGGCCCACCUGGUCAGCAGGUUCAGCCACGUUUUGAUACGCCUAUGCCUCAGCGGUUUGAAGAUCCUCAACAUCAGCAAGCAGCACGAUUUGAUAUGUCUCUUGGUCAUCAAGGUCCUAGAAUUGAAAAUGUAGCUAAUCGCUCUGCCUCAAGACUUGAAACACCACCUUACGGACAAGCUGGUCCUUACAAUGAACCUUCCAACCAGCCCUAUAAUGGGCCAUCACAAGGAAUGCAGUUCCAGAGAGCUGAGCAAAUGUUUGAUAACCCUCAAGGACCAAACUUCAAUGGGCUACCUGGAACUGGAGCCCAAACUUUUCCUAAUGCACUUAAUAGGGCUUCUGGACAUUUUUUUGACGACAAGAACCUUCAGGGUCCUCAGUAUGGCAACUUUAACAGUAUGUCAGGAAAUGUUCAGCAACCUCAGCAGGUUCCUGUUCUGUCAAUGGCAUCUACUCAGCCUGUACCUUACAAUCCAGGGCAACCACUCUUACCUGUUCAUGCACAAAAUCCUGGAAGCUUUGUCCAAAGUCAACCUGGGAAUGCCCCACUUUCCUAUCCUGAUAAUCACCUUGGCCAACUUGAUGUAAAUGAAUUGUACUCAAAACUGCUUUCAACGGGAAUCCUCAAGGUUUUACAGCCUGACUCAGCUUCAACUCAAGUCAGUGAAGUUUCUACACAGCCAGUUCCAGAGGAGGAAGAGGAUGAUCAAGACCAGAAUGAGGAUCAAGAUGUUCCAGACCUGACUAGUUUUGUGAUAGAAGAACUGAAACAGCGCUAUGAUAGUGUUAUAAACCGGCUCUACACUGGUAUUCAGUGUUACUCUUGUGGAAUGAGAUUCACAACCUCACAAACGGAUGUAUAUGCAGACCACUUGGACUGGCAUUAUCGCCAGAACCGCACGGAAAAGGAUGUCAGCAGGAAAGUCACUCACAGAAGAUGGUACUACAGUUUAACAGACUGGAUAGAAUUUGAAGAAAUUGCUGAUUUAGAGGAACGUGCAAAGAGCCAGUUCUUUGAAAAAGUGCAUGAAGAAGUUGUGUUAAAAACACAAGAAGCUGCUAAGGAAAAGGAGUUUCAGAGUGUCCCUGCAGGCCCAGCUGGAGUAGAUGAGAGCUGUGAAAUUUGUCAGGAGCAGUUUGAGCAAUAUUGGGAUGAGGAAGAGGAGGAGUGGCAUUUAAAAAAUGCCAUUUGUGUAGAUGGAAAGAUCUACCAUCCAUCAUGUUACGAAGAUUAUCAAAAUACCUCAUCAUUUGAUUCAACACCAUCUCCUAGCAAAACCCCUGUAGAAAAUCCACUAAAUAUUAUGUUGAACAUUGUCAAGCAAGAAAUACCAGACUCCUGUAGCAGUCCCAAAGUCAAAGAAGAACCUGAGGAAAAGCCUGAUGAGUGUAUGGAAGAGAGCACAUCUGCAUCGGCCGAAAUUAAAACAGAACCUGAAAAGGUUGAGUCAGUUUAAACAAUUUUUUUUAUUACAGAAAAGAGCUACUGUGUUCUAGCUGACUCUAGAAGGCAAAUAAUUUUUAUAUGAAUAAAGUAUUCACCUGGGGCAGGGCCCCAGCUGCUUAUUUGGUUAAUAAAUACAUUUUUGUAUUUGAAUUUCUUAUUACCUGCACAGUGUCAGGUGUCUAUUGUGUGGAAGUUCUGUAGAUGGCGUACAAAAUUAACAGGAAUAGACUGUAUAUGUAAGAAAAAUUGUAUGAUUUUUUCACUUGUGGAAAUGUAAAUUAUAAAUAAAAGAUAUUUUUUGCUAUCUAUGGAGUAUAAUGUUUAUGCACACCAUCUAAUUAAAAAGUGUUUCUGUUUUGGGGAUAUUCUUAAGUGGAACUGAAUUUGAACUUCAACAUAGACCCCGUGUUAAUAGGAUUCUCAAAGAAAAUGCCUGAUGGCCUUUUUUGGAUUCAUAGGAAAGUUGUUAAGAAGAACAUUUCAGUUCCAGAAGAGAUUCCUGCAAACAUUGGAUUGCUUUUCUUUACAUGCAUUCACAUCCAGAUAUUUAAAAAGAAGGCUAGGAGAGGUACAUAACAAAAUAACAUGUGCUUGACUUUGAACACGUGCCAACAGUUUACAGAAAAAACCCAGGGUGUACUGGGAACAGAAGCAAUUUCAGAUUUUCUUAAUUUUUUUCCAUCCAGUUAAAUACACAAGAAUUUAGUAGAUGAACCAAUUUCCUUUAACUUUUACAGAAGAGAAACAUAAAUGUAAGAUUUGCUCAGUUUGAAAUAUGGUUAACAUUUUUGUUGGUUUAACUUGGGUCUAGAUGGUAAAGAGACUACAUGAGAUGUUAAUAUUUAUUUCAUGUAAUAAACUAGAAUGAAUCAUA